CUUCUCCGCUCGUCAGCAAGUGAAGGGGAAAAUGGCGUCGUCCGUCGCCGCCGCCGCCGCACCGACCGCCGGGGGGCCGCCGGGGAAGCGGCAGGCCUCCGGCGGGCGGGAGGGAGACCAGCUCAUCAUCACUCCGCUGGGCGCCGGCAACGAGGUCGGCCGCUCCUGCGUCUACAUGUCAUUCAAGGGCCGCACCGUCCUCUUCGAUUGCGGCAUCCACCCGGCUUACUCCGGCAUGGCGGCGCUCCCCUACUUCGAUGAGAUCGAUCCCUCCACCAUUGAUGUCCUCCUAAUCACCCACUUUCACUUGGACCAUGCUGCCUCUCUUCCCUACUUCUUGGAGAAGACGACAUUCAAGGGGCGCGUGUUCAUGACCCAUGCCACAAAGGCCAUCUACAGGCUGCUCCUUUCCGAUUAUGUCAAAGUCAGCAAAGUUUCUGUGGAGGAUAUGCUGUUUGACGAGCAAGACAUUCUUCGUUCCAUGGAUAAAAUUGAGGUCAUAGACUUCCACCAGACAUUGGAAGUUAAUGGCAUACGCUUCUGGUGCUAUACUGCUGGCCAUGUACUUGGCGCUGCAAUGUUCAUGGUGGACAUUGCUGGGGUUCGCGUUCUUUACACUGGUGACUACUCCCGUGAGGAAGAUCGCCACCUGAAAGCUGCUGAACUUCCCCAGUUCUCCCCUGAUAUUUGCAUUAUCGAGUCAACUUAUGGCGUGCAGCAGCACCAACCCCGCCAUGUACGAGAGAAGCGCUUCACUGAUGUAAUACACACGACCGUCUCGCAGGGUGGUCGCGUUCUUAUCCCAGCCUUUGCUCUUGGAAGAGCUCAAGAGCUGCUACUUAUCCUGGAUGAGUAUUGGGCCAACCACCCAGAGCUCCAUAAGAUUCCAAUCUAUUAUGCCUCCCCUCUUGCCAAGAAAUGCAUGGCUGUCUACCAGACAUACAUCAACUCCAUGAAUGAAAGGAUUAGGAACCAGUUUGCACAAUCUAAUCCCUUCCAUUUCAAGCAUAUUGAGUCUUUGAAUAGCAUAGAUAACUUUCAUGAUGUGGGUCCAUCAGUGGUUAUGGCAAGCCCAGGUGGUCUCCAGAGUGGCCUCUCCAGGCAGCUCUUUGACAAAUGGUGCACAGAUAAGAAGAAUUCAUGUGUUAUUCCAGGUUAUGUUGUGGAAGGCACCCUUGCAAAGACCAUUAUUAACGAGCCAAGAGAAGUGACACUGGCGAAUGGGCUCACUGCUCCUCUUCAUAUGCAGGUCCACUAUAUUUCCUUUUCUGCUCAUGCUGAUUUCCCUCAGACAAGCACCUUCUUGGAUGAGCUCCAGCCACCCAACAUUGUUCUUGUACACGGGGAAGCAAAUGAGAUGUCAAGACUUAAGCAGAAGCUUAUUUCUCAGUUUGAUGGGACAAAUAUAAAAGUUGUUAACCCCAAGAAUUGCCAAUCAGUGGAGAUGUAUUUCAGUUCUGAGAAAAUGGCCAAGACAAUUGGCAGGUUGGCUGAAAAGGUACCGGAAGCUGGAGAAUCAGUUAAUGGCUUGCUUGUAAAGAAGGGAUUCACAUAUCAAAUUAUGGCUCCUGAGGAUCUCCGUGUGUACACGCAGCUAUCUACAGCUAACAUUACCCAAAGGAUUGCCGUCCCAUAUUCUGGUUCUUUUGAAGUCAUAAAGUACAGACUGAAGCAAAUAUAUGAGAGCGUGGAGUCAUCAACAGAGGAGUCUGAUGUUCCAACAUUGAUUGUGCAUGAGAGAGUGACCAUUCGCCUGGAAUCAGAAAGCUAUGUUACAUUGCAGUGGUCGUCUGAUCCUAUCAGUGAUAUGGUGUCUGAUUCUGUGGUCGCCAUGGUCUUGAACAUAGGCCGUGAAGGUCCCAAAGUUGUCCCAGUUGAAGAAGCAGUGAAGACACAGGAAGAGACGGAAAGGGUGGCCCAGAAGGUAGUUUAUGCUCUUAUGGUGUCACUUUUUGGUGAUGUCAAAGUUGCAGAGGAAGGGAAACUUGUUAUAUCUGUGGAUGGACAAGUAGCACACUUGGAUGGGAGGAGUGGUGGUGUUGAAUGUGAAAAUGCUACACUGAGAGAAAGGAUCAAGACUGCAUUCCGUCGUAUACAGGGUGCUGUGAGACCAAUCCCGCUUAUAUCUUCUUGAGCUGAAGGCGUUAAAGUUACGCUUAAACGUGUCCAAUGUUUCCUAGAUGAACUUAGUAGCAUUACCUGUCUGCACAUGAUGAGCAGGCAUUUUCAUCCUGCUUCAAAUGCCUGUCUAAUACAGCAUGAUGUGUUGUAGAUCACUGCUCUGGGCCAUCUUAGUGCCGUUGAAAUAAACUCCAGCUGUAACAUUUUGAUUUUGUAGCCAUUUCUAACUGUUACUCAUUUCCUGUGAAAUUGUUCUUAGCUUCUCUGUUCUUUUCCAGAUA